AAAAAGAAAAAAGGCUUUUUCAUCUUGUUGCUGUGACGCCUUUACAAAUUUGAUUUCACCCGAAACCAAUCGUCUCUCUAUUUCGGCUCGUUCAUGCUGGAGUAAAGGGCUGGGAUGAUUACGUUCGGUUCCCUCAGGCCAGCCUAGCAUGACAAUAUCGGCAUACAUUUGUUUGUCUUGCCAUGGCAUUCUUGCUCCUUCAGCAAUUACUUUUUGGUAAUUUGCCAAAACCGCUUGUCCUAACGCGAAUAUCAUUAGAAAUAGUACCUAUACGUCGAAAAAUCCAUAGCCAUCAACACUUCUUGUUUUUCCAAACUACAUACUAUACUUGUUUGAAAUCAAUUUCCUCAGGUUCUGUUCUUCACAUGCUGAAGUGUUGCUGGGGACAUCGCAGUAUGCGUUUCAUAGGCGGCGAAGGAACGCGUGUGGUGACAGAUGAAAAGAGGAGGUGGUUGUCAGUAGAUGAAUUGUGAGACGCAGCUGCAGUGAUAUCAGUAAUCAACUAAUCAUAUAUUUACAACACAAUAAAAACAGUGAGACAAAAUUUGAGCUUACUAAAUUGUUUGUUGUUUUGGAGCAUCUCAUUUUUGUAAUGAAUGCCAAACGUUCGUCCAUUUACAUCAACUGCACCUGCUUGCAACAACUUACAAAAGUGUAGUCCACCAUCUAUGUUUUGCUCGUCAAAA